AGGGGGAGUGGACUGAAAGAGGUUAAUGAGAGCUGAGAACCAAACACAGGAAGCACGUGACUUCUGGGUGGUAAGGAAGGGAAGAACCUGCACUGACACGUUAGAGCCUGGGACCCCAGCACGCGCAGCAGCCUCUCACCCAGCUUUCACCCCUCGAGGGGCGCAGGUCACCCUUCCUUCCCCAUCACCGUCACUCCAUUCAGCAGAUGACAGGGCCCCUGAGCUGCAAGCCCGUGGAUGCCAUUUGAGAUGUCCCCGUUCUGUUGCUGGGGCCUGCCCAUGGCUCUCCUUGCCCUGAUCGUCUGCCCAGGGUCUGGUGAGGAGGCGUUCCAGGUAUACAUGUGGCCAGAGCAGCAGGUGGUGAAGCUCGGAGGGUCCUGGGAGGUCAACUGUAGUACCAGCUGUCUCCAGCCAGAGAUCGGUGGUGUGGAGACCACCCUCAGCAAGACUCUGCUGGACGAACAACCGCAGUGGAAGCUGUACAGGCUCUCCAACAUCUCCGAGGACACGGUCAUGUACUGCUACUUCACCUGCUCUGGGAAGCAGGUGUCUGCGAACGCCAGCAUCAGCGUGUACCACCCUCCAGAGCAAGUGCUGCUGAAGCUGCAGCCCACCUGGGUGACCGUGGGCAAAUCCUUCACCAUUGAGUGCAGGGUGCAGGCCGUGGCACCCCUCGAGAACCUCACCCUCACCCUGCUCCGUGGCAAGGAGCCCCUGCACAUGCAGACCUUUGGGAGGUCGACAGCUGCCCCACAAGAAGCCGUGAUCACACACAAUAGCACGGCUCACAAGGACGACGGUCGUCACAACUUCUCCUGCCAGGCUGAGCUGGACCUGCGGUCUCGUGGCGGGGGCAUCAUUCGCAGGACCUCGGAGCCCCAGGUGCUGGAGAUCCAUGAGCCCGGGCAGGACAACCAGAUGGUCAUCAUCAUCACAGUCGUGUCGGUGCUGCUGCUGCUGUUCGUGUCGUCCGUCCUGCUGUGCUUCAUCUUCGGCCAGCAGUGGCACCAGCGGCGGAUAGGCAGCUACGGGGUGCAGGCAGCCUGGAGCAGACUGAGGCAGGCCUACCAGGCGUAGCCCCGGGAACUCCUGCGGCCCUCAGGACCGGUCCAGCCCUAGCUGAAGGACAGUGACAAGCAACAGAGGAUUUGGGGACGUUUCUAGUCUGAAUACAAACACCUGGACUUAACCCUGUGCCUCAGUGUCUCCCCCUGGGAGAGUACUCAGUAGCCAGUAAGGUGACUCAUCAGGCCCAGACUUCUCUCCCUAGAUGUCUCCUCAGCAUCCCUCACAGGGGCCUUCCUGGCCAGCCCAGGCCCUGGGGCACCCACUCUCAUGGAGGGGCAGAGAUGCUCUAUUCCCAAACGGGCCACUCCCAGCUGGAGCAGGACAUGACCGACAGAGCCAGCUUCCUGGGGUAAGGGUGGGGGCCCCAAGGGAACUGGCUCAGCUCCAGAGCCCUCCCGGUCAGGAUUCUCCCACAUCACUCGGCCUAGAGAGCUCUGGACAACGAAAUCCGUCUUCUCCUCGCACCUCCUGCUCCAUCAUUAGGCCUGACCGAGACCCGCGGCCCUGGCCUUCCCAGAGGGAGGGGUGAGGGACGGCGGUGCAGGGAAGGCUCUGAAUUCCAGCCUCCCCUCACCCGGGCAGGGAACAGUGGGGCGAAGUUGGAUUUUCAUGGCUUGAGCAUGCUCUAACAAGCCCUCCGGCGAGGAGUCAGGCUGGCUCAGUCUUAGUGGGAUGGAGAGGAGCCCGAUUCACCUGGGGGGGGGGGGCUGGUUGGAGUGAGGCAGAGAAGGACUGCCAGGUGUGGCUUUAAGCACUAGAGGGGCACUUGGGGACUCUAGGGCUGUUUCUGGCCCUGCGGUGAAGCUGGUACGGGUCCCUGGGCCAGCGUCUGUCUUCACAGUAGGCUCUCAGCAUCGUAGUAAUCUGGGUGGGGGAGACAGCACCCUCACCUUGAUUCCCUUCUCCCUCAGUGGACCCCGAGGAGGGAAAGGGAUGAGGACAGGCCAGCUGCCCGCAGCAGUGACAAUAGCAGUCCCCCCUCAGGGACACAUGACCCUCCUGGCUUCCUGACCCACCCCUAGGCCUGGGUCCUGCUGCCCACCCACCCUGCCCCUACCUGAAGCCGGGGGUACAUCUGCACCCACAGUCCCUGUGGCACUGGGGGGUGGCGGUGGGGGCACGGCUCUCCUGAGAUGGGGAUGAAAAAAGAAAUAUCCCCCUCAGAAGUGGCCUCUGGGCCUCCUCCCCACCCCCAGCCCAAGGCAGCUUUCCCACCCAGCCAGAGCAGGGCCCCGGCAGGGCCCAGACCUCCGCCUCACUUACGCCCCCCUUUUCCCGGAGGCAGGAGGGCGCUGCAGAAUCCUGGAUGCAUCCUGAAAGUGGGGCCGAUGUGAGGGAGGGGGGACGAAAGGCACUGGCCAGGGCGGCAAGGGGCCCAGAGCGGGCAUCAGGCAGGGCAGGUAAUGGUGGUGGAACACCAAAGGCCCUUCCUCCUGGGCUUCCAGCUCCUCCUCCUCUUCACUCUCCUCCUUGGGACCCUCCACAUGGACCUGGGGAUUGUGCGAAGGGAGGGGGAUGGUGAGAUGGGCUCAGGCUCUCUCUACCCCCACCCCUCCGUUCCUCUAAAUUAUUUUCCAAUGUGCAUCAU